AACUGCUCGCUGCUUCGACUUGAUGAACUCUGACGACGACGCUGCCUCUCAACGAACUCUCACACUCUGUACUCUCUGAGUUGAAAUGGAAGACGAUGAGGAGACUGAACUGAGGAAUCCAUUCCCCUCACCACCCUCCCACUACACCAAGUAUACGACGCACAACCUCAAUCUGCUCGGACUCCUCCACGAGCGCUUCGAAGACACGGACCUCUCAACGGUCAACCAAUAUGAGGAGUUGAAGGACCAGACGGACGUACCAGACUGGCCGCUCAGUGGACUGGAUACUGGAAGGGGCCACUAUACGGUCUUCGGAGACACAUGGUUUGUCAAGGAGACGAUACCGUCACUCGCAGAGCUUGGUGGCCAUCAACUGUACCCGGCGGACCCCAGCGUCGACCGCCGACCUGCACUCAGCAACAUCCUACGGUCCAUGCUCGUAACCUACUCGCAGCUCCUAGAUGCGUUACUCGCGCCACCACCCACCGCGUCGUCCGCCACGCCUCCGGAAUGGCAGAAACAAGUGGAGUGGGUCACCGUUCUGGCCAGAACAUCAUGGCCGCGGCAACGACCUGCGUCCCGUGCAAGCUCGCGGAACCUGGAGCUCAUGAUGCGGAGGCAGCUCGAGCAAAGCUCUUCGCGUAGUGACAAAGGACCAGGGACGUCCACGGCUAGCGCGUCAACCGAGGAUGUUCUGCGUUGGGCAGAGGAGAUUGCUUGACUCCCAGGUGCGGAGCCUGAGCACCUUCACAUCAUACUUGGGCACGGCCAUCCGUGAAGAUACCAAGCGAGCUAAUCUCGCCGUCCUCUGCGGCCAGAGCUACACCCUCUUGGGCUAUACGACUUAUCCGCCAAGACGGUGUCCUUUAUCUGGACGCUGCGCAUACAGCCAGCUUCUGAAUUUGCGUUGCCGCGCCUGGGCUGUUCCUGGCGACUUCUAGCCAUCUACCCUGCAUGCGAGUCCCAUAUUUUAUCCUAUCUCAAGACUUGCUGUCGUACCGCUUUCAUGCUAUCGAAUGUAUGCGCAUUGUGUUCCCAGACGAGGUUUGAUUCUCCAUCC